AGUCAUAACUUGGUGUUGCAACAAUGAACACUGACAUAGCAAAAACUAAGCCGAAUAAAUUUUCAAAUCUCAGACUCUUUCAAACUAGUCUUCUUUAUCAGACCCGGGAGUUUUUCAAUAAUUCAACACUUCAUGGAGUCAGAUAUAUUGCCGAAACGGGACGACCGUUUGGUGAGAGAUUCAUGUGGUUCUGUUUUACCGGCACGGGAACCGUGGCUGCAUUGAUUAUAAUCGUUUCUCUAUGGGAAAAAUUUCAAACGAAUCCAACUAUUACCGGUUUGGAUACAGACUUUCACAAUCAGCAAGUAAUUUUCCCUACAAUAAACGUUUGUCCACUUGUUCCGUACAAUGCUUCUAGGACUUCGCAGCUAGCUGAUAUUCUUGGGUCGUAUGACCAAGAAGCGGCUUUGAAAAUCGACCCAUUUCUUCAACUACUAACGUACCUGUCAUACGAAAACAUUGAGACAGCCUAUGAUAUGGUGAAGAAUUUUUCUAAACUGGAAAUACAGAAUUUCAACAAGAGGUCAAUCAAAUCGUUUGUUAGCGAGGUCGUAUUGUUCUGCAAUGAGACAUUUAAGGUCUGCAAAUACAAGGAUGAGGAAAUCAGCUGUUGUGAUAAUUUUCAACCAAUCUUCACAGAAAAUGGAUUUUGUUUCUCAUUCAACUCGCGAUAUAGGGAAACGAAUAACAAAGAAGAAGUCAACUCUAAUUUUCACGACCUUUUUGAAACUGACAAAAAAUGGGCUCUCAACUUUCAACCGAAAGUCAAAUCCCAAAUUUAUGUCCACUCACAUCAUGAAAACUUUGGCUGGGAUUUUCGUCCGCAGAUAGUAUGGGAUCCAGAUGGUUUCAUUGCAGAUCUAUUAAUAUCAAUGAAACAAACAUACACCACAGAAGAUGCUAAACAAUUGUCUAUCGUUCAGCGAAAGUGUAUCUUUCCUGAAGAAGUUAAAUUGGACAUAUACAGUGAUGAGUACACGUUUACAAGUUGCAUGAAAGAAUGCCGCAUCAAGAAGAGCAUGAAGUUUUGCAAAUGUGUGCCGCCAUUCUACCGAUACUCGACUGCUCAGCCAUACUGUACCAUUGAGCAAUUCCAAUGUCUCGCGAAAUAUUCCAGGAAUAUCACAGAAGUGCGAGAUUGUAAUACAUGUGAAUUAAGUUGUUCGAACACCGUGUACGAUAUCGAAAAACUCAGCAAAACAUUAAACACCGAUCGCACCUCUGCUACCUACAUCAAUAUUGAAUUUCUAACUUGGCCCAUUAUUCGAUACAAACGAGAAGUUUUGUUCGGGUGGGUCGAUUUAUUAGUGUCAUUUGGUGGAAUAGCUGGCCUUUUUCUGGGAUUCAGCUUGCUCUCUGGUGUUGAAAUAAUCUACUACUUCACAAUGCGUGCAGUUUGUAUGUUGUUUCAGAAUAAGAAUGAAUUGCAAGAAAUCGAGGAGAAGAAACAGAGUCGAGUGCAGGAAUGGUACAAUCUAUCAUUGAAAGUGAAUUGUCGCAAAACAUCCGCUAAAGGUAUCAACGAGGAUCAAACAAAAAUCGUUAAAGUUUCCAGCAGCUUUGACGAUAAGAAUUUCAUACCGUUUAAAAAUGCAGCUGAACUACCCCAACGUUUGCCCAGGGCUGACAACCGGUUCCAUGUGAAAAAAGUUAAGCCGUUGUUUCAACGCGUGAAGGUAGCACCUAUAAAUAACAUUCGUUUCCGGCCAGAAGCCGGCAAGGAUUAUGGAUACAUUCCUUGAACGCAGAACAUGUCCAAUAUCGCAACAGUAAAAAUCUGGGACAAUGUCUGGGAAAACGUUUCUUGAAUUUCCCAUGGUUUUUGGAAAAAUUUGGAAAAUGUAGGAAAAAGUUUUCCCGAAAAUAGUCACGGAAAACACUAAGAAGUCGACUGGUCUUUAUUUGUCUGAUUUUGUGAAAUUUUUUGUGGAUUUGAAAUUGUUUUUAAUAAAAAUGUGUUAAC